AAAAUGGUUAUUUCUUUGAACUCAUGCCUGGGCUUUGUCUGUUUAUUGUUAUGCCAUUGGAUUGGAACUGCAUCACCUCUGAAUCUUGAAGACCCUAAUGUGUGUAGCCACUGGGAAAGCUACUCAGUGACGGUGCAGGAGUCCUACCCACAUCCGUUUGAUCAGGUCUACUACACUAGCUGCACUGACAUCCUCAACUGGUUUAAAUGCACGCGGCACAGAAUUAGUUACCGGACAGCCUAUCGACACGGGGAGAAAACCAUGUAUAGGCGCAAAUCCCAGUGUUGUCCUGGAUUUUACGAAAGCAGGGAGAUGUGUGUCCCUCACUGUGCUGAUAAAUGUGUCCACGGUCGCUGCAUUGCUCCAAACACCUGUCAGUGUGAGCCUGGCUGGGGUGGGACCAACUGCUCCAGUGCCUGCGACGGAGAUCACUGGGGCCCCCACUGCAGCAGCCGGUGCCAGUGCAAAAACAGGGCUCUGUGCAACCCCAUCACGGGCGCCUGCCACUGCACUGCAGGCUUCCGAGGCUGGCGCUGCGAGGACCGCUGCGAGCAGGGCACCUACGGUAACGACUGUCACCAGAGAUGCCAGUGCCAGAACGGAGCCACCUGCGACCAUGUCACAGGGGAGUGUCGCUGCCCGCCAGGAUACACCGGAGCCUUCUGUGAAGACCUCUGUCCCCCCGGCAAGCACGGUCCACAGUGUGAGCAGAGGUGCCCCUGCCAGAAUGGAGGAGUGUGUCACCACGUCACCGGGGAGUGCACGUGCCCGCCUGGCUGGAUGGGCACAGUGUGUGGUCAGCCUUGCCCCGAGGGUCGCUUUGGAAAGAACUGUUCCCAAGAAUGUCAGUGCCAUAAUGGAGGGACAUGUGAUGCUGCCACAGGCCAAUGUCACUGCAGUCCAGGAUACACAGGAGAACGGUGCCAGGAUGAGUGUCCGGUUGGGACGUAUGGACUUCGGUGUGCCGAGACCUGCCGGUGCCUCCACGGCGGGAAGUGCUAUCACGUGAGCGGCGCGUGCCUCUGUGAGGCAGGCUUCUCCGGCGAGCUCUGCGAGGCGCGCCUGUGUCCAGACGGCCUGUACGGCAUGAAGUGCGACAGGCGGUGCCCCUGCCACCUGGACAACACUCACAGCUGUCACCCCAUGUCUGGAGAGUGUGCCUGUAAGCCGGGCUGGUCGGGCCUCUACUGCAAUGAGACAUGCUCUCCUGGAUUCUACGGGGACGCGUGCCAACAGAUCUGCAGCUGCCAGAAUGGGGCCGACUGUGACAGUGUGACCGGGAAGUGCACCUGUGCCCCAGGAUUCCAAGGCAUCGACUGCUCUAGCCCAUGCUCUCUGGGAACCUAUGGGAUAAAUUGUUCCUCUCGCUGUGGCUGUCAGAACGAUGCCGUCUGUUCUUCUGUGGAUGGAUCUUGCACCUGCAAGGCAGGCUGGCACGGGGUGGACUGUUCUAUCCGCUGUCCCAGUGGUACGUGGGGCUUCGGCUGUAACUUAACCUGCCAGUGCCUCAAUGGGGGAGCCUGCAACACGCUGGAUGGGACCUGCACCUGUGCCCCUGGAUGGCACGGGGAGAAAUGCGAACUGCCCUGCCAGGAUGGCACCUAUGGACUCAACUGUGCUGAGCGCUGUGACUGUAGCCACGCAGACGGCUGCCACCCCACCACGGGCCACUGCCGCUGCCUCCCUGGAUGGUCAGGUGUCCACUGUGACAGCGUGUGUGCUGAGGGCCGCUGGGGCCCCAACUGCUCCCUGCCCUGCUACUGCAAGAACGGGGCGUCGUGCUCUCCUGAUGAUGGCAUCUGUGAGUGUGCGCCUGGAUUCCGGGGCACCACUUGUCAGAGAAUCUGUUCCCCUGGUUUCUAUGGGCACCGCUGCAGCCAAACGUGCCCACAGUGUGUCCACAGCAGCGGCCCCUGCCACCACAUCACAGGCCUGUGUGACUGCCUGCCAGGCUUCACUGGCGCCCUCUGUAACGAAGUGUGUCCCAGUGGCAGAUUUGGAAAAAACUGUGCAGGAAUUUGUACAUGCACCAACAAUGGAACCUGUAAUCCCAUUGACAGAUCAUGUCAGUGUUACCCGGGUUGGAUCGGCAGUGACUGCUCACAACCGUGCCCACCUGCCCACUGGGGCCCGAACUGUAUCCACACGUGCAACUGCCACAAUGGGGCCUUCUGCAGCGCCUAUGAUGGGGAAUGCAAAUGCACACCUGGCUGGACCGGGCUCUACUGCACUCAGAGAUGCCCUCUGGGGUUUUAUGGCAAGGACUGUGCCUUGAUAUGCCAGUGUCAAAACGGAGCCGACUGUGACCACAUCUCUGGGCAAUGCACUUGCCGCACUGGAUUCAUGGGGAGACACUGUGAACAGAAGUGUCCUGCAGGAACGUAUGGCUAUGGCUGUCGCCAGAUAUGUGACUGUCUGAACAACUCCACCUGUGACCACAUCACCGGGACCUGUUACUGCAGCCCAGGAUGGAAGGGAGCACGAUGUGACCAAGCCGGAGUGAUCAUCGUUGGAAAUCUGAACAGCCUAAGCCGAACCAGCACCGCGCUGCCUGCCGAUUCCUACCAGAUUGGAGCCAUCGUGGGCAUCGUCAUCCUGGUGCUCGUGGUCCUCUUCCUCCUGGGGUUGUUCGUGAUUUACAGACACAAGCAGAAGGGGAAGGAGCCUAGCAUGCCUGCCGUCACCUACACCCCGGCCAUGCGGGUCAUCAAUGCGGAUUACACUGUCUCCGAAACCCUGCCCCACAGCACAGGCGGCGCCGGGAACAGCCACUACUUCACCAAUCCCAGCUACCACACGCUGACGCAGUGCGCCACGUCCCCGCACGUGAACAACAGGGACCGCAUGACCAUGGCCAAGUCAAAAAACAAUCAGCUGUUUGUGAAUCUCAAAAACCUGAAUCCUGGCAAGAGGGGCGCGGUGGUGGACUGCACGGGGACGCUGCCGGCCGACUGGAAGCACGGCGGGUACCUCAACGAGCUCGGUGCAUUUGGACUUGAUAGAAGCUACAUGGGAAAAUCCCUAAAAGACCUGGGAAAGAAUUCUGAAUAUAAUUCAAGCACCUGCUCCCUAAGCAGUUCUGAGAACCCUUAUGCCACUAUUAAAGACCCACCCGUGCUUAUCCCUAAAAACUCAGAGUGUGGCUAUGUGGAGAUGAAGUCCCCAGCACGCAGAGAUUCCCCGUAUGCUGAGAUCAACAGCUCUACGACAGCCACCAAGAACGUCUAUGAAGUUGAACCGACCGUGAGUGUUGUACAAGCAAUGUUCAGCAAUAACGGGCAUCUCACUCAGGAUCCGUACGACCUCCCAAAGAACAGCCACAUCCCUUGCCAUUAUGACCUCCUGCCUGUGCGAGACAGCUCCUCCUCCCCUAAGCAAGAGGACAGUGGCAGCAGCAGCAGCAGCAGCACUGAAUGA